AUGAGUUCUCCAUCAACCUCGGCAAAUUUGAUGAAUGAAAUCAAGAAGACGAAAUGGAUGACUGGAGAAGAGCUAAUCGAUCAACUUGAGCCAGCCGAUCUGGUGGAGUUCUCGCGGACAAUUGCCUUAGCCGGGCGGAAACGACGCGUCUAUGCGCAUUGGGGUAUCUACAUUGGAAGGCUUCACGACGAAGAACAUUACGUGGUCCAUAUCAGUACAAGCGAUGGGGAUUUUGACGUACGCCCGGGCCAAGACUCGAUAGGCCAGAUCGGCACUAAAAUCGCAGAUGGUAGCUCUGCAACGGUGCGAAGUGAUAAAUUUCUGGAAGUUGCCGGCACCGAUCAAUGCCGCAUUAACAACUUGAUGGAUCGACAAGUUAAACCUCUGCCUGCUGUUAUUGCUGUCGAACGAGCGUUGCAUCGACUUGGAACCGGUGACUAUCAUCUAAUCGAUUACAACUGUGAACAUUUCGUGAAACUUUGUCGAUACGGGUUACGCGAGAGUUCUCAAGCAAACACAGCUAUUUUUGCCGUUGUUAGUGCAACUUCACUAACCGCCGCAACGCUCGGAAAUGCUCCGGCAGCUUUGGCCUUUUCUCUCGGAUAUGCUGCCUAUUCUGCAAUCAGACGCUUCAUUCGG